AUGUCAACCCCCACAACCCCAGACCUAAACGCAACCCGCGAAGCAGACUACAAACGCUUCAAGAACUACGCGGCCUACACAUUCCUAAUCGGCGCACCAAUCCUAAUCGCCCUCCCACCACGCAAACUGGACCCUCUCACCGUCCUCGUCCUCUGCUCCUUCGGCGCCUCCGCAAACCACAUCGUCCACGACCGCACAGGCCGCAGCAUAGUCGACCGAAUCGACGCGCGGAUCUCACGCAUGCAAGGGUCAUUCUCUUCUCUACCGAGCGAGCGCGCGCAGGAGAUCCAAGAACGCCUCCGGGCAGCGCGCGAUGCGCAGCUCCGUCGUGCUGAGCAUGAGCAGUUGAAGGCGCGGAUUUUGUCGCUUUCGGAUAAGCAGCGCAUGGCGCCGGAUCCGGUUUUGAAGGAGGAGAUUGAGAAGCUUAAGGCGAGACAGGCGCAGGAGGAGGGUCUUGUGCAGCGGGUUUGGAUGGGUGGGGAGUCGGAGGGGUGGAAGGAGAGGAGGUUGAGAGAAGAGCAGAAGGCGCUUAGUGAGGGGAAGGGAUAUGGGGAUUUGAUUCAGGAGCAUAUUUGGGAUGUUUGGACUUGGGGUGGGAAGGAUGGGAAGGCUGGUGAGGGGGUUACGGAUGAGACUGUGGAGAAAAAGGAUUGA